AUGGAUCGCGCCAGAAAGCGUGAUCUGCGCUCUCUCAACGAGCACCUGCUGCCCGUCGGCGCCUCGCUCGACACGUCUCUCAAGAAGAACACGGCGUUCAUCAAACGCCUUCGAACGGCAGUUACUGCCGCCACCCUCGCCACCUUUCUCCAAGAGAUACGAACGCUGAGCUUGCACAAAUACUUGUCCGAGAUCGUGCCCGCCUGCUAUGAAGGUCUUUGCAAACUGAAAUCGGCUGGCGAGAUAGAGGCCGGCGUCGAAAUCGUCAGCGCCCUCCACCAGCGCUUUGGCCCCGCCGAGUUUACCGGGUACCUCGCCUGGCUGCUCGGCAAGGGCAUGGUCACGCCCGACAAGAGCUCCCUCAAGUCUCUGACGCCGGAUGCGCGCGAAAAGGAGGAAAAGGAGCGGGGCAUCCGCCAGCGGGCUCUGUUGAGAGUCAUCACCGAGCUGUGGCUUGUCGGCGUUCUCAGGAAUCUUGAUGACGCUAUCAAGCCUGAUGAUGGCACGAAAGGCGCCACCGGCAACAUCACCGACCUCAAGCCGCGGCACAACGCCCAAAAAGGAGGCAGCAGGGUUGAUCCGUAUCCGCUUGAGGUUCUGAAGGACCUCCUGGGCCACGAUCGACAACACGCGAACCUACCCCUGCUCGUCGUAUUCGCCAAAACCUUCAGCUGGGACGUUCUCGGUGUCCAGCCCACCACUCCCGAUGGACGAAAGGCCGUCGAAGAGUCCGGCUUAGCGAACUCCUCGGAAGGAGGGGACCAUGAUCGAAACUCGGUCGACAUCGACGACAAGGCCGCGGCUGACCAGCCAUUCACCCCGCCCGAGGUGGCCGAGCGCUUUCGAAGCGUUCUGAAGCGUUACUUGGACGACGUGACGGCCCAUAUUGCCCGGGACCAGAAGUUGAUCCAAUCGCAAGCCCGACGAAAUGCCGAAGUCUAUGUCAAGUCCGGCGAGGUCUUCGAAGAUCGUCAGGCCAACUACGAGAAGUUGGUCAAGGCCCAGGAUCGAUUGGUAUCCAACGCCCAGGCUGUUGCCGAUGUCAUUGGCGCCGAAAUGCCGGAUCUGAAGGAGUCGGAUGACUCGUUUGCGACGGCCAGCGGUUCCAUCGGCCUCGUCAAGACGGGAGACUACUUGCGAUCCAUGGCCGACGGACCCGGAAUCUGGGCCGACGAAGACGAGCGCCGUUUCUACGAGAACUUGGUUGAUCUGAAGGGCAAGGUGCCCCCGAUCCUUCUCGAGGACGGCAAGAGGAAGAAGGUAGAGGGCGAUGAGCCGAUUGGCAAGAAAGCGGAGGCGAGCGAGGCGAGCGAGGCGACCAAGGCCGCGGAAGAUCAGUCAACCGCCAUCGCCAACAAGACAAUCGGUGCUCAGGUCGAUGCCCUGCUCGGACGGCUGCCGGAGCUCACUAGCAAAGAUGCCAUCGACCAGACUGCCGUUGACUUUUGCUUCCUCAACUCCAAGGCAUCACGGAAUCGUCUCGUCAAAGCCCUGACGGAGGUUCCCAGGGGGCGAAGCGAUCUGCUCCCCUCUUGGUCGCGAUUGGUCGCCACGUUGGGACGCUAUCUGCCUGAUAUUCCAAAGGGGCUCGUCGAAUAUCUCGACGCUGAAUUCCGGAGCUUGCAGCGUCGCAAGGAGAAGGACUUCCUUGGUCAAGUCCGGCUGAGCAACAUCCGCUAUCUCGCCGAGCUGACCAAGUUUGGCGUCGUCCCUGAGCAUGUCGUGUUUCAUUGUCUCAAAGUCAGCCUCGACGACUUUUCCCGCAUGAACAUUGAAAUACUCUGCAACUUGAUGGAGAACUGUGGUCGGUACUUGCUCAAGAACUCGGAAACGUCGCCGCGGAUGAUGAGCUUCUUGGAGACCCUUCAGCGCAAAAAGUCGGUCCAGCACAUCGGUCAACCCGAACGGAUGCUCAUCGACAACGCCCUGUACUAUGUCGACCCGCCCGAACGGCCAGCUCUCGAGCAGAAGGAGCGGACGCCGAUGGAGCUCUUUGUUCGAAAACUCCUCUACAACGAUCUGACCAAGAAAAACUACGGCAAGAUCCUGAAGCAGAUUCGAAGGCUUCACUGGGAAGAGGCAGAUGUUGUCUCCAUCCUGGAAAAGGUUUUCUCCAAACCUGGCAAAGUCAGGUACGGAAAUAUCUACCUCUUGAGCAUCCUCUUGAGCGCGUUGCAUCGUUAUCACCCCGAUUUCGUUGUCAGAGUCAUCGACAAUGUCGUCGAAUCCGUAAGUUUCGGCCUGGAGCAGAACGACUUUAGGCUCUUCCAGCGUCGCAUCGCCGAGGUCAAAUACUUGGGAGAGCUUUAUAACUACCGGAUGCUGGAGCACCCUGUCAUCAUUGAUACUUUGUACAAGAUCUUGACGUUUGGAUACGGGGGGCCACCAGUUCCUGGCCGUUUCAACCCACUCGACCCGCCUGAUGACUUCUUCCGAAUCCGCCUCGUCGCCACCACGCUGGAGACGUGCGGCGUGUUUUUCAACCGAGGGGCCGCCGGAAAGAAGCUGGACUGUUUCCUAUCCUUUUUUCAGUACUACGUCAACACAAAGGCAUCACUGCCUAUGGAAAUCGAGUUUGUUGUGCAAGAAAUAUUCACUUUGACGCGACCGCACUGGAAGAUGGCUUCGAACUUGGAAGAGGCAACCAAGGCUUUCCAGUUGGCCAUAGUGCAGGAUCAAAAAACCGCCGGAACCGAGAAGGCUGCUGAGCCAGAUGAAGGGACGAGUGACGCAUCGUCGGAUGAGGAUAACGAGCUCGAGCCGUACGGGGAUGGAGACGAUGAGAGCGCGUCGGAAGACGAGGACGAGAUUGAGCAGGACGAAGACGAGGACUCGGCUCACGAGAGCGAUUUCAACGAGGAGGCCAUCAUCGUCACUCGGCAAGACGAGGCGGCCGACCCGGAAGAUGAGGCUGAUUUUGAACGUGAGUAUGCGAAGAUGAUGGCCGAAAGCCUUGAAUCGCGCAAGUUUGAACGAAAGCCGUUAUUCGACGUCGCGCUGCCGGUUCGGUCCAAGAAUCGCGAGCUCCCCGCAUCAGGAACGGCAGGGGAGGAAAACCCUCCGGCCGGAAACACCAUGGCCUUUUCGCUCUUGACGAAGAAGGGAAACCGCCAGCAGACCCGAACGGUGGAACUCCCGUCUGAUUCUACAUUCGCCAUCGCGUUGAAAACACAACAGCAGGCGGAAAAGGAGGAGCAGCAGCGGAUCAAGAACCUCGUGCUCAACUAUGAUCUACAGCAGAACGAUGAUGAAGAGAGUGAGUUUCGUUCAACCAUGGCGUAA